UUGGUAAAAAGAUAGUUUGAUGGUCUGUCGUCUCUGAUGAAAAGAGUGUCUCAAUUUAGAUAAAUGAGACCUGGACGAACCAGUUCCGCGUUCGGAAAAGAAGAAAAAAAAAAGGAAAGGAAAAAAAUAAGAACUGACCGAAUUAUGAUAAAGAAAACAGAAGUUUGAUAAAGGAAAAAAAAAAUUGAAGAAAGUGAAGUGUCGAUCAAUCUGGAGUACCCUCUGUUGAUCUCAGAAGUUGAAGAUCUGUUUGAUCAGUGUGGCGUUUUUCCUCCUAGGUCCAUUUGAUUGGUUUAAAAAGUUGAUUCUGUUCUGAAGCAUAAAUAGUUUUUUAAGAUGGGAAGAAGUAAAAGAGACCAAGGUUUAACUGGUCACUUAGUUUUUGCAAUUGCUGCAGCAGCUCUUGGCUCAUCAUUCCAGCAUGGUUACAAUACAGGAGUGGUUAAUGCACCACAAACACUUAUACAGAAAUUCAUAAACCAGACAUAUUAUGAGAAACACAAUGAAGUGCCGAGCGAAAGUACAGUUGUCCUCAUCUUCUCCAUCAUGGUGUCAAUAUUUUGCCUUGGUGGAAUGGUUGGGGCCCUGGGCACCGCCUACCUCGCCGAAAAGUUUGGACGAAAGGGUGGUCUUUUGAUGAACAAUGUUUUCGUCUUCGUCGCUGCCGCCCUCUGUGGAUUCUGCAAAUUAGCCAAUUCCUACGAAAUGAUGAUCAUUGGUAGAUUCGUCAUUGGACUUAAUUCUGGUUUGAGUGCUGGCUUAGCUCCUAUGUACCUAACAGAAAUUUCUCCCAUUCAUUUGAGAGGGGCCGUGGGUACGAUCUAUCAGCUGAUUAUAACGACAACUAUUCUUAUAUCUCAAAUUUUAGGACUGCCUGAGCUCCUAGGUACUGAAGAAAGGUGGCCUUAUCUCUUUGGUUUAAUAAUUAUCCCAGCAAUAUUUAUGCUGAUUACUCUUCCACUUUGUCCAGAGUCUCCAAAAUUUAUUUUGAUCAAUAAAGGAAAGGAUGUCGCUGCCCAAAAAGCUCUUACCUGGCUUCGAGGCACUAAUGAUGUUCAUUAUGAAAUGGACGAAAUGAGAGCAGAAUUUGAAGAAAUGAAACUGGUACCCAAAGUGACCUUAAAAGAAAUGUACACAAAUCCGAUACUGAGGAAACCUCUCAUUAUUGCAGUUGUUGUUAUGCUGUCUCAGCAACUUUCAGGAAUCAAUGCGGUUAUCUUUUAUUCUACCGAAAUAUUCCGAAACGCUGGUUUAACGACACAAGCAGCAAUAAAUGCCACUCUAGGAAUGGGCUCGGUCAAUGUGGUCAUGACUCUGGUGUCCAUGAUCUUGGUGGAAAGAGCUGGCCGAAAAACACUUCAUUUGACUGGUCUGGCCGGUAUGAUGAUAAUUACACUGCUGCUAACAAUAUCCCUUGCCCUCACGCCCAGGGCUGCUUGGUUAUCAUAUGUCAGCGUAAUUUGUAUUAUUGGCUUCAUAGUAAUGUUUGCUUGUGGCCCAGGUUCCAUUCCUUGGUUCUUAGUAGCGGAAAUCUUUGGACAAGGAGCUCGACCAUUGGCUACAAGUAUUGCCGUAUCAGUCAACUGGAUGGCUAAUUUCAUAGUCGGUUUAGGAUUUUUACCUAUUGUGAGCUCAAUUGGCGAGUACACUUUCCUUAUUUUCUCUGCGCUAUUGGCUAUGUUUUGGCUCUUCACAUACAACCAAGUUCCAGAAACAAAAGGAAGAACAGUGGAAGAAAUUACUGCAGAAUUCCGGCAAAAAGCCAACAGUUAGAACAUAGUUUUCCUACAAAGAAAAUGAAACGGAGCUUCAAAGUUUUAGAAGAUGAGAAACUUGCAUUCUGUUUUUUCCCAUCAUUCAUAUAAUAGAUUAUUUCAUGAGUGAUCUUUUAAAGAUUCCAAUGAAAGUAGUCGUCUAUCUAUAUAUUUUGCAUAUAUUUUAUAAAUAUAUAUUAUAUAUAUCUGGUGCGUAUGUAUAGAAGUAUUUUUCAAAGUAUAUACUUUUAUGUUGCGUUGUUUUAAUGAACUGUUCUAUUUGAAUUUUACCUAGAUUUAAAGAAUCUCAUUUUUAUUUUGCUGUAAAUAAUCUUCAUCAUUGCCUGAUUGUAUUUAAAAAUAAAUUGUUUCUAUA